CCCGCCUCGGCCGCCUUCUCUCUUCCUUCUCCCCCUUUCGCUUCGUUGACUCAGCCCAAACCCGCGUCGGCCGCCGCCGCCGCUGCCGCUGCUGCACUGGGCUCCGACCACGUGGCCAAGACCUUGGCCGGCACGGCCGUCUACACUGUCAGCAAUUCGAACAAUGAGUUUGUGCUUAUCUCCGAUCCCGAUGGAGCCAAGUCAAUUGGCCUGCUUUGCUUUCGCAAGGAGGACGCCGAAUCCUUUCUCGCUCAAGUUCGGCUGCGGAGAAGAGAACUGAGAAGCGGGGCUAAGGUUGUCCCCAUUACGCUUGACCAGGUGUAUAUGUUAAAGGUUGAAGGAAUAGCAUUCAGAUUUCUUCCUGAUCCGGUUCAGAUAAAGAAUGCACUAGAGGUUUCC